UCGGCGCUGAUUGGCUGAGCAUACGGGUUGUAGAGUCCGGCAAAGUGUCUGAACUGAAGACUGAAGUGAAGAGGAAGUAGUUUUUAAAAUGGAAAUAUAAGAAGUCACACUUUAAGUCUAUCCAGCCGAGCGGAGGGAGCAGGUGAGCAGCCAGCCAUGCCCGCCCAACCCCCUGUGAGGGAGCCGGAGGAGGAGAUGGAGGCAGAAGGAGAGUCCCAGCUCCCUGAGGCCAAUGGAGAGGUGGAGCAACCGAGGGAGAACGAACGAGGGGGAGAGGAGACCAUGGAGGAGAGCACGGAGGAGAGGGACAGCGACUUGGACGAGAGCGAGGAGGAGGAAGAGGAGGAGGAGGAGGAAGAAGAGAGCUCAGAGAUGGAUGAUGAAGACUGUGAGCGGAGGAGAGGGGAGUGUCUGGAUGAGAUGUUGGAUCUGGAAAAACAGUUUCAGGAGCUGAAAGAGAAGUUGUUUCGGGAGCGUCUGAACCAGGUGAAGGUGAAGCUGGACGAGGUGUUGACGGGGAAAGCUGGGGAAUACAGAGAACCACUGGCUGCGCUACAGAAGAGCAUGCAGAUACGAACACAAGUGGCCGGUGUGUACAGAGAGCUGUGUCUACAAGUGAUCAAACACAAGCACGAGUGUGAACUACAAGGAGCAAGGCAGCACCUGGAGAGCGAGCGGACGUUGCUGUUUGAUGCCAUGAAGUCAGAACUGCUGGAAAAGAUCAGACGACUGGAGGAGGACCGACAGAACAUAGACCUCACCUCAGAGUGGAGUGACGAGAUGAGGAGCAAGAAGUGUAAAAGAAAGAACGUGCUGGGUCGGUCGGAGAGGAAAAAGAAAGUAGCUCUGGUUUCAGGGCCUUUUAUUGUCUACAUGUUGAGAGACAUCGACAUCCUUGAAGAUUGGACCGCUAUCAAGAAGGCAAAAGCAGCACUGUCACCACUAAAGAAGAAAGUUGAAAAGCGGUGAUAAUAGGAGCAUGUUAUUGAAGACCAGUGACAAAGAAACCAAACUUAAUACACAUUUAUACACACACACACACACACACACACACACACACACAUUCCCAGCUACUCCUACUAACAGUUUUGUCUCCAAAUGAACCACAUCCCUGCUUGUUUGUUAUCUAUUGCUAUUUAAAAUAAGUUCUUAAUGAUAUGAAAACCAUGUAUUUAUAGAAUGAUUUAUAAUGCUGAUUAAAUUUUAAUCUUUUGUGACACGG